AUGACACCACCAAGAAACCACAAUUCAAGGGGUCCAGCGGGUGGUGGAAGCGGUGGUAAUCGGGGUGGUGGCAGUGGCGGUGGAGGUGGCAAUAGAUUUGGACGUGGACAACAAGGAAAUGCUGGUGGAGCUGGCAGAAAUAUACGUACCGGAAGAGUUGAGCGUAGAGGACGCAAUGGACCUGGUGGUGGCGGACCACAAGGAGGAGGUCGAGGCGGACGAUUUGGCAAUGGUGGUGGCGGCGUUGGUGGUAGUGGUAAAUACGAAGGGGAUUUUGCCAGUCUAACCGACAUCAAUUGGGGUCAAUUUAAUUUGCCUCCUUUUCAAAAGGAUUUCUAUAAGGAACAUCCCAUAACUAGAGGACGCUCCCAGCAGGAAGUUCAACGUUAUAGGGCGGAAAAUGAAAUUACAGUGCGUGGACCGGCUCCGAACCCCAUCAUAUAUUUCGAUGAAGCUUGUUUUCCAGAUUAUUGCAUGAAUGAAAUUCGCCGGCAGCGUUAUACCCAACCAACUCCCAUACAGGCACAAUCAUGGCCCAUUGCAAUGAGCGGCAAAAAUCUUGUGGGCAUUGCCAUGACUGGUUCUGGCAAAACAUUGGCAUUUAUAUUGCCCGCCAUUGUCCAUAUAAAUCAUCAGCCCCCGAUACAGCGUGGUGAUGGUCCCAUAGCAUUGGUAUUGGCCCCCACACGAGAGCUGGCUCAACAAAUACAAACGGUGGCAAAUGAUUUCGGCUCAAGCGUUCAUGUCCGCAAUACCUGUGUUUAUGGUGGAUCAUCGAAAACGAGACAAAUGCAAGAUUUGCAAAAUGGUGUCGAAAUGGUUAUUGCCACACCGGGACGGCUGUUGGAUUUCUUAUCGACCGGUACCACAAACAUGAGACGUUGCACAUAUUUGGUAUUGGAUGAGGCGGAUCGUAUGUUGGAUAUGGGUUUCGAACCACAAAUACGUAAAAUAAUGGGACAAAUUCGGCCCGAUCGUCAGAUACUUAUGUGGAGUGCAACAUGGCCCAAGGAAGUGCGACAGUUAGCAGAAGAUUUCUUAGGAAAUAAUUAUAUACAAAUUAAUAUAGGAUCAUUGGAAUUGGCUGCGAAUCAUAAUAUUCGCCAAUAUGUCGAUGUUUGCAAUGAAACGGAAAAGGGUACUCGCUUGAAAGGAUUACUCUCACAGAUCUACGACCAACCACAACCUGGCAAAAUUAUCAUUUUUGUGGCAACAAAGAAGAAAGUCGACGAAUUGUCACGUUUCAUCAAUGGAUUUGGUGUACGAGUCGGUUCGAUACACGGUGAUAAGUCGCAAACAGAUCGUGAUAAUGUUUUAACUGAUUUUCGUGUGGGCCGAACAAAUAUUUUGGUGGCCACUGAUGUGGCUGCUCGUGGUCUGGACGUUGAUGGUAUUAAAUAUGUUAUUAAUUUCGAUUUCCCACAAUCAUCGGAAGAUUAUAUACAUCGUAUUGGUCGUACUGGUCGCAAACAUUCCACUGGUACUUCGUAUGCAUUUUUCACACGCAAAAAUGCCCGCUGUGCCAAGGCAUUGGUGGAUAUUCUACGUGAAGCCAAUCAAAAUAUAAAUCCUGAUCUGCAGUAUAUGGCAAAUAAUGCCGAUGAUAUUAUCAAUAAGGAUAAGCUGAUGAGAAAAACAGGCGGAUUUGGUGGUGGUGGUCAUAAACAAGGAGGUUGUGGUCAUGGAGGAGGCAUGGGUGGUGGCAGAGGUGGUCGUGGCGGAGGUAUGGGAAAUCGUGGUGGUGGCGGUGGCAAUCGCGGUGGUGCUGGACGACCUGGCCAAAAUUUUAACCACAACAACAAUAAUAACAAUAAAAAUAAUUUUGGCAAUAACCGAGGCGGUGGUGGUGCCAAUCGUGUUGGAUCUCGUGGAAAUUUUUCCAAUAAUAGACAUUAA